GCAGUUACAUAAAUGCCAGCAAGAGCCACCACAAGAUCAAAGAAUGGAGAUAGAAAGGGAUCUCAUACACAAGACCCACUUGAUGCCGAAGCGAAGAAUAGAAUCCACCAGCUUUUGGAUAAUGUUAGAGAACAGACAAAAGAAAAAUCUGAAAGUGAGAGAAAUGAAAAUGGCUUUGUUGAAGGAGAAGAUCCAGAUAAUCCAGUAAGAAUUUACUGCGAUGGAGUAUUUGACGUCUUCCAUGUUGGACAUGCCAAGGUUCUUGAGCAAGCAAAGAAAAUGUUCAAGUAUGUCUAUCUCAUCGUUGGAGUAUCAGGUGACGAAGAAACUUUACGUCUCAAAGGAAGAACGGUCAUGGAUGAAAAAGAACGAACUGAGUCAGUAGAACACUGUAAAUGGGUUGAUGAAGUAAUCUGUCCUUGUCCAUGGAUCAUAUCCGUAGAUUUUCUUGAAAAGCAUAAUAUCGAUUAUGUUGCCCAUGACGACAUUCCUUACAAUUCAGCAGGAGCUGGAGAUAUUUAUUCUGAAAUCAAGAAGAUUGGCAAAUUUAAAGCAACUCAGAGAACUGAUGGAAUCUCAACAAGUGAUUUGAUCCUCAGAAUAAUUAAAGAUUAUGAUAAAUACAUUUGGAGAUCUCUUGACAGAGGAUACACUCCAAAAGAGCUAGGAAUUUCCCAGACAAAAGCUCUCAGAGUGAAACUAAAGGAAAAAUUACUACCAAUGGUGAACAAUAGUGUUGGAAAAGUGGGAAAAGACAUCACCAAGACUUUGGAUAAAUGGAAGAAGAACUCUUCUCACUUUGUGGACCAUUUCAUUCACCAAUUUGAUAGAGACUACAAGCCAAAGCAUGAACUUGUGAUGGUAGACAAAGCCAUACUCAGAGAUGAUGGUAUCAGCGAUUUCGAUUACUAGAUGAUUUUCUCCUGUUCAGUUAAUCUGAAAUAAAUUUUAUGCAGUACAAAUU